AUCAGCUAUUCCAAGCACUAUCCGAUGCGGCCGAUUCUUCGACAAGCGAUGGCUCCCUCCUUAUGGACCAGCAUUCUGAGCUGAAGGACAUCAAGGCAUACAUGUACGGCCUCAAUCUGCCCGAUAGGUUUCCUCGUCGCUUGAAGGGUGAUAGGCAGCCCGAUGAGGAUACUGAUCUCAUACUUCGAGAGGAUGCGUACUAA